AUGAUAUUAUUUAACUUUGUGAUAUUGAAAGAGUAGACUUCUAUUUUUUAGUUGUUUUCUUCUGACUACAGACAGCCUGGCUUGUCUGUGUACAAGUGUCAAUCAUGCAAUCAGCAUUUUUGUAGAAGGGUUGCUUUCUUGGUUGUAUCUUAAAUCUUAACUCCUUUAAUUUUGUUAUUCUGAAUUUUAGUGGGAUUACUAUAACAUUGAAGGUUUGGAGAAUAUUUCAUGGAAGAUGAUGAUUUAUAGUCAAUGUUCUGAGUUGGUAAGAUUUUACAGGGUACCGGAUCUGGGGAAAAAAAAAAGAAAUUUCUUGACUUGGCCUUUAUCGAAACAGAGUUAAGAAUUUGAUUCCCAUUUCCUGCUCUUCUCCCCCAUAUUGACAGUCUUUAAAACAUUUGUUUGUUUAAAAAUUUGAAUUCUUUAGUAACCAAGACCACAGUUAAAUCAUAAUUUAAGCUAGUUUAUUAAAACAACAGAAGUAGACUGAAGUUACAUAAUGUUUCUUUUUAUUUCUUCAGUGCCAGGAGUAGAAAACACGGCCAGCUUCAUAGAAGAUUAGAAAGUUUGAGGAGGAAAAGUAGACUUGUUUAUUGAGCAGGAGGGUAAUUGUCCAUAAUUACAGAUGCUUGUUUUGAGGCUUGGAAAAGGUGGUUUAAAAAAAACACUUAUAUUUAAAAAAACCAUGAUAAACACCUAUAAAUAAAAGGAGUAAGAAAAAUUUGUCAACAUAUGGUCGCAGUAUCUUAAGUAGACUUAUUGCAUGAAAAUUCCUUUGUUAAACGCGGGCGGGGGGGGGGGAAACGUGGCUCUGGUUUGGGAGAGACCUGAGUAGGACAUUUUUGGUAGACAUUGAAGACCAUUUUAGGGGGUUAAUAUUUCAGUUUUGACCUCACUCCAGAUAGAAUAGAAAGAAUUUGGAGAUUUACCCAUAGGGUUAACCUAAGGUUUUAACGUUGUGACGCAAAAUGUGUUUGUUUCCCUUUGUUUCAUAUUCUCAGCUCCCAACAAAAUUUCAUUAAAUAAUAUAAAAUAAUAAAAUGGACUUGUUGGUUUAUUUGAAAUUAAAUGGUAGGGGCGAAGUUCCUGUAAAAGGUUAGCAAAGAGUUAACCUUAGGGGCUUUCUCUGUUGGCUGUCUCCAGCAAGGUUCCCGAUCUGAGCUUUGGAGAAAUCCAUCCCACCUUUUUGAGGCGCCUGCUACGCACGGAUCUACUUUCUCUAGUCGUGCUUUUUCCUCCACCUACCUUCCCCCUCCUCUUUCUUGUAGGCUCCCCGAGUGUGUGUCUUGGGUGUGUGUUUGGUGGUGGGUGUGUGUGGCGGGAGAGUCUCAGAGCUAUAGGAGAAGUUGCAAGAAAGAACCUUAAUGCUCAUUUAUUUUGUUGUGUGUGGAUGGGUGCUGCAGUGGGAUCGGGGUGGCAGGUCUCGGUUGGGAGCCAGGGAGCCUGCCCUAUUGAAUCGCGCUGCCGGAGGAUGGAUGGUGAAGCCGAAAGUGUUCUUAUCAAGUGGCGUUGGAUCUGGGAGGGUAAUAUGGCUGAUCCCGGCGGGGAUAGCAGUUUUUAUAAGGCCUCGAAGUAGAGGAAAAAGUACAGUGGAAGAUGAGGACAGCAUGGAUGGGCUGGAGACAACAGAAACAGAAAAUACUGCGGAAACAGCAGAAAUCAAAGAACAAUCAGCAGAAGAAGAUGCUGAAGCAGAAGUGGACAGCAGCAAGCAGCCAGGCCCAGCCUUUCAGCGUUCUGUGUCUGAGGAAUCUGCAGCCUCCCUGGUCUCUGUUGGUAUAGAAGCCAAAAUCAGUGAACAGCUCUGCGCUUUUUGUUACUGUGGUGAAAAAAGCUCCUUAGGACAAGGAGACUUAAAACAAUUUAGAGUAACGCCUGGAUUUAUUUUGCCAUGGAAAAACCAGCCUUCUAACAAGAAGGACGUUGAUGACAACAGCAGUGGAACUUGUGAGAAAAUACAAAACUCAACACCACGAAAACCAAGAGGACAGAGAAAGGAACGGUCUCCUCAGCAGAAUAUAGUACCUUGUGUAAGUGUAAGCACGCAGACUGCUUCAGAUGAUCAGGCUGGUAAAUUAUGGGAUGAACUCAGUCUGGUUGGCCUUCCGGAUGCCAUUGAUGUCCAAGCCUUAUUUGACCCUACAGGCACUUGUUGGGCUCAUCACCGUUGUGUGGAAUGGUCACUGAGGGUGUGCCAGAUGGAAGAACCGUUGUUAGUGAACGUGGACAGAGCUGUUGUCUCAGGGAGCACAGAACGAUGUGCAUUUUGUAAGCACCUUGGAGCCACUAUCAAAUGCUGUGAAGAGAAAUGUGCCCAGAUGUACCAUUAUCCUUGUGCUGCUGGAGCCGGCACCUUUCAGGAUUUCAGUCACUUCUUCCUUCUUUGUCCAGAGCACAUUGACCAAGCUCCUGAAAGAUCAAAGGAAGAUGCAAACUGUGCAGUGUGCGACAGCCCGGGAGACCUCUUAGAUCAGUUCUUUUGUACUACUUGUGGUCAGCACUAUCAUGGAAUGUGCCUGGAUAUAGCGGUUACUCCAUUAAAACGUGCAGGUUGGCAAUGUCCUGAGUGCAAAGUGUGCCAGAACUGCAAACAAUCGGGAGAAGAUAGCAAGAUGCUAGUGUGUGAUACGUGUGACAAAGGGUAUCAUACUUUUUGUCUUCAACCAGUUAUGAAAUCAGUACCAACCAAUGGCUGGAAAUGCAAAAAUUGCAGAAUAUGUGUCGAGUGUGGCACACGAUCUAGUUCUCAGUGGCACCACAAUUGCCUGGUAUGUGACAGUUGUUACCAACAGCAGGAUAACUUAUGUCCUUUCUGUGGGAAGUGCUACCAUCCAGAAUUGCAGAAAGACAUGCUUCAUUGUAAUAUGUGCAAAAGAUGGGUUCACUUAGAAUGUGACAAACCGACAGAUCAUGAACUGGAUUCUCAGCUCAAAGAAGAGUACAUCUGUAUGUAUUGCAAACACUUAGCUGAGAUGGAUCCAUUACAGCCAGGUGAUGAAGUGGAGAUGGCUGAACUCACUACAGAUUGUAACAAUGAAAUGGAAGUUGAAGGCCCUGAGGACCACAUGGUACUUCUGGAGCACGCGGCUAAUAAAGACGUCGGUGGCCAGCAGCCCGUGCCUGGGAUUGUUCCAGAUGCAGCUUACAUCCAUACUGGAGAGCAGCAGAGGAGUGAUCCACCGGAAAGUCAUGGCAUGCGUGGACUUCUCAUUGCUGAAUCAUCCCAAGAUAAAAUGAAUCCUGAAUUGGAAAAUCAGAUUUCUCGUGAAGCUGAUAGCGAAGAAAUGGAAAUGCCUCCUAAAGUGAUGCACACUUGCGGUGCAGAUCAAAAUGAGAACAAAAUGGAAGUGACAGACAGCGCUGAAGCCCUUGCGCCCCAGGUCGCUGCGCAGCAGGGGGAAGUGCACUUGUUGGAGGGACCUAACAUGGCGGUGUCCCCAGAAGAAUCCCGGCCUCCAGGAGUCAACACUGAAUCCGUCACUGUCCCGUCCCCCGGUGGGGAAGGUACGGCUUUAUGUUCUAAGGAACAGUUGGCCAUAGAAAGGGUACCAGAAGAAAUGGAACAGAAAGAAAAUCCUGAACCCUCUACUGCAUUUAUGGACUUCGAAGUGGCUCCUGCAGUUGAGAGUUGUGUGAAAGAUGGUGUAUGCCAAGAAAGCAAAUCUGUAAAAUUACCAUCUGAGACAGAGUCACCAUCUUCAUCAGCAGCGGGCAUGAGCAAGGCAAACGCGUCUUCCUCUCCAGCACUUUCUUCCGACUUGCCUUCCCACGACAUGCUGCAUAGUUACCCCUCGACUCCCAGUGCUUCUGCUGGAAACGUCAUGCCAACAACUUACAUCUCAGUCACCCCCAAAAUUGGCAUGGGUAAACCAGCUAUUACCAAAAGGAAAUUUUCUCCUGGUAGACCUCGGUCCAGACAGGGGGCUUGGAGUACCCAUAAUACAGUGAGCCCACCUUCCUGGUCCCCAGACAUUUCAGAAGGCCGGGAAAUUUUUAAACCCAGGCAGCUUCCUGGCAGUGCCAUUUGGAGCAUCAAAGUGGGCCGGGGGUCAGGAUUUCCAGGAAAGCGGAGACCUCGUGGUGCGGGACUGUCAGGACGAGGCGGCAGAGGCAGAUCAAAGUUGAAAAGUGGAAUCGGGGCAGUUGUGUUGCCCGGGGUGUCUGCUGCAGAUAUUUCAUCAAAUAAGGAUGAAGAAGAAAACUCUAUGCACAAUACAGUUGUGUUGUUUUCUAGCAGUGACAAGUUCACUUUGCAUCAGGAUAUGUGUGUAGUUUGUGGCAGUUUUGGCCAAGGAGCAGAGGGAAGAUUACUUGCCUGUUCUCAGUGUGGUCAGUGUUACCAUCCAUACUGCGUCAGUAUUAAGAUCACGAAAGUGGUUCUGAGCAAGGGUUGGAGGUGUCUGGAAUGCACUGUGUGUGAGGCCUGUGGGAAGGCGACAGACCCAGGAAGACUCCUGCUGUGCGACGAUUGUGACAUAAGUUAUCACACCUACUGCUUGGACCCGCCACUGCAGACAGUUCCCAAAGGAGGCUGGAAGUGCAAAUGGUGUGUGUGGUGCAGACACUGUGGAGCGACAUCUGCAGGUCUGAGAUGUGAAUGGCAGAACAACUACACACAGUGUGCUCCGUGUGCAAGCCUGUCCUCCUGCCCCGUCUGCUACCGAAACUAUAGAGAAGAAGACCUUAUUCUUCAGUGUAGACAAUGUGAUAGAUGGAUGCAUGCAGUUUGUCAAAACUUAAAUACUGAAGAGGAAGUGGAAAAUGUAGCAGACAUUGGUUUUGAUUGUAGCAUGUGCAGACCCUAUAUGCCUACAUCAAAUGUGCCUUCCUCAGACUGCUGUGAAUCUUCACUUGUAGCACAAAUUGUCACAAAAGUGAAAGAGCUAGAUCCACCCAAGACCUACACCCAGGAUGGUGUAUGUUUGACUGAAUCAGGGAUGACUCAGUUACAGAGCCUCACAGUUACUGUUCCAAGAAGAAAACGGUCAAAACCAAAGUUGAAGUUGAAGAUCAUAAAUCAGAAUAGCGUGGCCGUCCUUCAGACCCCUCCAGACAUCCAAUCAGAGCAUUCGAGGGAUGGUGAAAUGGAUGAUAGUCGAGAAGGAGAACUUAUGGAUUGUGAUGGAAAAUCGGAAUCUAGUCCUGAACGGGAAGCUGUGGAUGAUGAAACUAAGGGAGUAGAAGGAACAGAGGGUGUCAAAAAGAGAAAAAGGAAACCAUACAGACCAGGUAUUGGUGGAUUUAUGGUACGACAAAGAAGUCGAACUGGGCAAGGAAAAACCAAAAGAUCUGUGAUCAGAAAAGAUUCCUCAGGCUCCAUUUCUGAGCAGUUACCUAGCAGAGAUGAUGGCUGGAGUGAGCAGUUACCAGAUACUCUAGUUGAUGAAUCUGUUUCUGUUACUGAAAACACUGAAAAAAUAAAGAAGAGAUACCGAAAAAGGAAAAAUAAGCUUGAAGAAAUUUUCCCUGCCUAUUUACAAGAAGCUUUCUUUGGAAAAGAUCUUCUAGAUACAACUAGACAAAACAGACUAAGUUUAGAUAAUCUAUCAGAAGAUACAGCUCAGCUUUCUUACAAAACAAACAUGAACACAAAUUUCUUGGAUCCUUCCUUAGAUCCACUACUUAGUUCAUCCUCAACUCCAGCAAAACCUGGAACUCACGGCACUGCUGAUGAUCCCUUAGCCGAUAUUUCCGAAGUCUUAAACACAGAUGAUGACAUUCUUGGAAUAAUUUCAGACGACCUUGCAAAAUCAGUUGAUCAUUCAGCUGGAAUAGACCUUGGUGCCGGCGUUGAUGAUCCUUCCUCUUUGCCUCAGCCAAGUGUCAAUCAGAGUUCACGACCGUUAAGUGAAGAGCAGCUCGAUGGCAUCCUCAGCCCUGAACUAGACAAAAUGGUCACAGAUGGUAAAAUAUUUGCCCUACAUCUAGGCUUUCUAAAAGACAUGAGAGCAAUUCUUGGGAAGUUAUAUAAAAUACCAGAGCUUGGAGGAAAGGAUGUGGAGGACUUGUUUACCGCUGUGCUCAGUCCUGCAGCCACGCAGCCAGCUUCCGUACCACAGCCUCCGGCGCCUCCGCUGCUGCCCGCGCACGCUCAGGAUGUUUUUUCACGGAUGCCACUCGUGAAUGGCCUUAUCGGACCCAGUCCUCAUCUCGCACAUAAUUCUUUGCCUCCUGGAAGUGGACUGGCAGCCUUCCCUGCUGUAGCACAGCCCCCCUACACUGAUGCCAGGGAUAAAAAUCCAGCAUUUAAUCCAAUGGCAAGUGACCCUAACGGCUCUUGGACAUCAUCAGCUCCCACUGUGGAAGGAGAAAAUGAUACAAUGUCAAAUGCCCAGAGAAGUACACUCAAGUGGGAGAAAGAGGAGGCCCUGGGUGAAAUGGCAACAGUAGCACCAGUUCUCUACACAAAUAUUAAUUUCCCCAACCUAAAGGAAGAAUUCCCAGACUGGACUACUAGAGUGAAGCAAAUUGCCAAGCUGUGGAGAAAAGCAAGCUCACAGGAAAGAGCACCAUACGUGCAAAAAGCCAGAGAUAACAGAGCUGCUUUACGCAUUAAUAAAGUACAGAUGUCAAAUGAUUCCAUGAAAAGGCAGCAGCAGCAAGAUAGCAUUGAUCCCAGCUCUCGUAUUGAUUCAGAUCUUUUUAAAGAUCCACUAAAGCAAAGAGAAUCGGAACAUGAACAGGAAUGGAAAUUCAGACAGCAAAUGCGGCAGAAAAGUAAGCAGCAGGCUAAGAUUGAAGCCACCCAGAAGCUGGAGCAGGUGAAGAACGAGCAGCAACAGCAGCAGCAGCAGCAGCAGCAACAGCAGCAGCAGCAGCAGCAGCAGCAGCAGCUGGGCCCUCAGCCUCUUCCGGGGCAGUCUGGCUCGGACACGCCGAGUGGCGGCAUCCAGAGCCCCCUGACCCCGCAGCCUGGCAACGGAAGUACGUCUCCUGCACAGCCCUUCCAUAAAGACCUGUUUGCAAAGCAGCUGCCCGGCACCCCCACUUCCGCGCCAUCAGAUGACGUGUUUGUAAAACCGCAAGCUCCACCCCCUCCUCCGGCGCCGUCCCGGAUCUCCAUCCCAGAGAGUCUGUCACAGGCUCAGGCUUCUCAGCCGCCUUCCCCACAGAUGUUUUCCCCUGGAUCUUCUAACUCCCGGCCGCCAUCUCCAGCGGAUCCUUAUGCGAAAAUGGUUGGUACCCCAAGACCACCUGCUGGGGGCCAUGGUUUUUCCAGAAGAAAUUCUGCACUGGUGGAAAACUGUGCACCUUUACCGUCCGUAUCUAGGCCCACUCAGAUGAGCGAGACAACAGCAAGUAGGCCAUCCCCAGUCAGAGAUUUAUGUUCUUCCUCCACAGCAAGUAGUGACCCCUAUGCAAAGCCUCCAGACACACCUAGGCCUGUGAUGACAGAUCCAUUUCCCAAACCCUUAGGCCUGCCCCGGUCUCCUGUAGUUUCGGAACAAACUGCAAAAGGUCCUCUAGCGUCUGGAACCAAUGACCACUUUACUAAACCAUCUCCUAGGGCAGAUGCGUUUCAAAGACAACGGAUACCUGAUCCAUAUGCUCGACCCCUGUUAACACCUGCACCUCUUGAUAGUGGUCCCGGACCUUUUAAAGCUCCAAUGCAGCCGCCCCCAUCCUCCCAGGACCCUUAUGGGUCAGUGUCACAGGCACCGAGGCGAUUGUCUGUUGACCCUUAUGAAAGGCCUGCUUUGACACCACGACCUGUAGAUAACUUUGCUCAUAACCAGUCAAGUGAUCCAUAUAGCCAGCCUCCCGUCACCCCACAUCCAGCAAUGAAUGAAUCCUUUGCUCAUCCUUCAAGGGCUUUUCCCCAGCCUGGAACCAUAUCAAGGCCAACAUCUCAGGACCCAUAUUCCCAACCUCCAGGAACUCCACGUCCUAUUGUAGAUUCCUAUUCCCAGCCCCCAGGAACAUCUCGCUCCAAUCCAGACCCCUAUUCUCAACCUCCUGGAACUCCCCGGCCCACCACCAUCGGCCCGUAUAGUCAGCAGCCACCAGCCCCAAGGCCGUCUGCACAAGCAGACUUAUUUGUUACAUCUGCAGCUAAUCAGAGACGUUCUGACCCACGUGCUCACCCUCCUGGAACACCGAGACCUGGAAUUUCUGUUCCUUACUCUCAACCACCAGCAAUACCGAGGCCAAGGAUUUCAGAGGGUUUUACUAGGUCCUCAAUGACAAGACCAGUCCUCAUGCCAAAUCAGGAUCCUUUCCUGCAGGCAGCACAAAAUCGAGGAGCAGCCUUACCUGGCCCUUUGGUAAGGCCACCUGAUGCGUGUUCCCAAACACCCAGGCCACCUGGACCUGGUCUUUCAGACACUUUUAGCCGUGUCUCCCCAUCUGCCCCUCGUGACCCCUAUGAUCAGACUCCCAUGACUCCGAGAUCUCAGUCUGACUCUUUCGGAACAAGUCAGGUUGCCCAUGACGUCGCUGAUCAGCCACGGCCUAGAUCAGAGGGGAGCUUCAGUGCACCUUCCAGCUCACCCAUGAAUUCUCAAGGCCAGCAGUUCUCCGGUGUGUCCCAGCUUCCCGGACCUGUACCGACCUCAGGAGUCACCGAUACACAGAGCACUGCAAACAUGUCUCAAGCAGAUACAGAGAAAUUGAGACAGCGACAGAAGUUACGUGAAAUCAUCCUCCAGCAGCAACAGCAGAAGAAGCUGGCAGGUCGACAGGAGAAAGGGUCACAGGCCCCAGGAGCAGUGCCUCAUCUGGGGCCCCUGCAGCACUGGCAGCCGGAGAGUGCCAGCCAGGCUUUUACUAGGCCUCCCCCGCCCUAUCCUGGGAGCAUCGGGUCCUCCAUUGGCCCUCCUCUAGGACCUAGAUAUGCUGCUUUCCCAAAAGACCCACGUGGACCCUGUACUCCUGAUGUUACUGGUAUGGGGAUGAGACCUCAUGGAUUUAGAUUUGGAUUUCCAGGAGGUAGUCACGGUACCUUGUCAAGUCAGGAACGCUUCCUUGUACCUCCUCAGCAAAUACAAGGAUCUGGAGUUCCUCCACAGCUGAGAAGAUCUAUGUCUGUAGAUAUGCCCAGGCCUUUAAAUAACUCACAAACGAAUAAUCCAGGCGGACUUCCUCCACAUUUUUCGCCACAGAGCCUGUCAGUUCAGCAGCACAACAUACUGGGCCAAGCAUUUAUUGAAUUGAGGCACAGGACCCCUGAUGGAAGGCCUCGGAUGCCCUUCCCUGCUUCUCCUGGCAACGUUAUAGAGGCACCUUCUCAACCAAGACAUGGAAACUUCAUUCCCCGGCCAGACUUUCCAGGCCCUAGGCACACAGACCCCAUGAGACGACCUUCCCAAGGUCUCCCUCAUCAGCUGCCUGUGCAUCCAGAUUUGGAACAAGUGCCGCCAUCUCAGCAAGAGCAGAGCCACCCUGUCCAUUCAUCUUCUGUGGUCAUGAGGUCUCUGAGCCACCCCUUAGGUGAGUUUUCAGAGGCCCCUUUGUCAACAUCUACACCAGCUGAAACAACAUCUGAUAAUUUGCAGAUAACCACCCAGUCUUCUGGUGGUCUCGAAGAAAAGCUUGAUUCUGAUGACCCAUCUGUCAAAGAACUAGAUGUUAAAGACCUCGAGGGGGUUGAAGUCAAAGACUUAGAUGAUGAAGAUCUUGAAAAUUUAAAUCUCGAUACAGAGGAUGGCAAGGGAGAUGAAUUGGAUACUUUAGGUAAUUUGGAAACUAAUGAUCCCAACCUGGAUGACCUCUUAAGGUCAGGAGAAUUUGAUAUCAUUGCAUAUACAGAUCCAGAACUUGACCUGGGAGAUAAGAAAAGCAUGUUUAACGAGGAACUGGACCUUAAUGUUCCAAUUGAUGAUAAGUUAGAUAAUCAGUGUGUAUCUGUUGAACCCCCAAAAAAGGAGCAGGAUGACAAAAGUAUGGUUCCUUCUGAUAAACAUUCUCCUUGGAAAAAAUCCACUGUCAGCAGUGAGAUUAAAACAGAAGUACUGUCUCCAGAUUCUAAAGGGGAAACCAAAUGUGAAAGUGAGAAAAGUGAUGAGGGUAAAGAUGCUGUUGACGCUCCCUGCCCACAGGCCCCUGCUCAUACAGACGCGAAUGAUGGGGAACAAGCUUCUUUGCAGUCCUGUGAUGCAGAUGUACUUGAGAAAAGAACUAAUCGAGAAACGGCUGGCUCCAGCACAAGUGUUCGUGGGUCCACUCAGCUGCCUGCUGAAGGUGUGAUAAACUCUUGCAGCAUACCUGGAUCAACUCCAGUUCUCUCAAGUCUACUUGCUAAUGAAAAAUCUGAUAAUUCAGACGUUAGGCCAUUGGGGUCUCCACCACCAACUUUGCCGGCCUCACCGUCCAGUCAUGUGUCAAGUUUGCCUCCCCCUCUAAUGACACCGCCUGGUCAUGCUUUGGAUAAUACCUUGAAUUCUAAUGUGACAGUAGUCCCUAGAUUAAACCAUACUUUCCCUCAGGGUGUGCAGGUGAGUCCAGGAUUCAUUCAGGGUCAGCCAACAGUGCAUCGCAGUUUUGGAACAGGAAAGCCUGUGAAUCAGAUUGUACCUCUGACAAGUCAGUCUGCCGCCAGUGGCAUGUCUGGGCCCCAGCAGCUGAUGGUCCCUCAGACGGCCGCCCAGCAGAAUAGAGAGAGGCCCCUCCUUCUGGAGGAGCAGCCUCUACUUCUGCAGGACCUUUUGGAUCAAGAGAGACAAGAACAGCAACAGCAAAGACAGAUGCAAGCCAUGAUCCGUCAGCGGUCUGAACCGUUCUUCCCUAAUAUCGAUUUUGAUGCAAUUACAGAUCCUAUAAUGAAAGCCAAAAUGGUGGCCCUUAAAGGCAUAAAUAAAGUAAUGGCACAAAACAAUAUGGGCAUGCCACCAAUGGUUAUGAACAGGUUCCCCUUUAUGGGCCAGUCCGUGACUGGAACACAGACUGGUGAUGGCCAGACUCUCCUUCCACAGGCAGUUACUCAGGAUGGCAGUAUAACACAUCAGAUUUCUAGGCCUAAUCCUCCAAAUUUUGGUCCAGGCUUUGUCAAUGAUUCACAACGUAAACAGUAUGAAGAAUGGCUUCAGGAGACCCAACAGCUUCUUCAGAUGCAGCAGAAAUAUCUUGAAGAACAAAUCGGUGCACACAGGAAAUCCAAAAAGGCCCUUUCAGCUAAACAACGUACCGCCAAGAAAGCUGGGCGUGAGUUUCCAGAAGAGGAUGCAGAGCAGCUCAAGCACGUCACUGAACAGCAAAGCAUGGUUCAGAAGCAGCUAGAACAGAUUCGUAAACAACAGAAAGAGCAUGCCGAGUUGAUUGAAGAUUACCGGAUCAAGCAGCAGCAGCAGCAGCAGCAGUGCGCCAUGGCCCCGCCCACCGUGAUGCCAGGUGUCCAGCCCCCACUGCCCCUGGUGCCAGGUGCCGCCCCGCCCCCCAUGAGCCAGCCCAGCUUCCCCCUGGCGCCACUGCAGCUACAGCACCAGCAGCACACCGCGGUCAUUCCCGGCCACACGAGCCCUGCGGGAACGCCCAGUUUGCCCAGUUUCCCUGGGUGGCAGCCUCCCGGUGCUCCUUCCCGCCCCACCCUCAACCCUCCUAGGAUUCAGCCUCCAGUGGCCCAGUUACCAAUAAAAACUUGCCCCCCAGCCCCAGGGGCAGUGUCAAAUGCAAAUCCACAGAGUGGACCGCCACCACGGGUGGAAUUCGAUGACAAUAACCCCUUUAGUGAAAGUUUUCAAGAACGGGAACGUAAGGAACGUUUACGAGAACAGCAGGAGAGACAACGAAUCCAGCUCAUGCAAGAAGUAGAUAGACAGAGAGCUUUGCAGCAGAGGAUGGAAAUGGAGCAGCACGGCAUGAUGGGCUCAGAGCUAAGCAGCAGGACACCUGUGUCCCAGAUUCCAUUCUACGCUUCUGACCUGCCUUGUGAUUUUACGCAACCCCCAAGACCCCUUCAGCAGCCUCCGCAGCCGCAGCAGCAGGCGGGGCCGGUUUUACAGCAGCAGAACCUACAGCAAGGGUCUAUUAAUUCACCGCCCACCCCGAAUUUCAUGCAAACCAGUGAGCGAAGGCACAUGGGACCUCCCUCGUUUGUUCCUGACUCACCGUCAAUUCCUGGUGGAAGCCCAAAUUUCCAUUCUGUGAAGCCGGUACAUGGAGGUGUUCCUGGGGCCAGCUUCCAGCAGUCCCCGGUGAGGCCUCCUUUUACACCCGCUUUACCUGCGGCACCUCCAGUGGCUAAUAGCAGUCUCCCCUGUGGCCAAGACCCGGCUGUAAGCCGUGGACAGAGUUACCCAGGAUCAGCCCCAUCUCUCAUUCAGCUGUAUUCUGACAUAAUCCCGGAAGAGAAAGGGAAAAAGAAGAGAACAAGAAAGAAGAAGAAAGACGACGAUGCGGAAUCUACCAAGGCACCUUCUACUCCCCAUUCGGAUGUAACUGCUCCACCAACCCCGGGUGUCUUGGAAGCUGCCUCUGCUCCCGCAGUGAACACACCCGGCGAGCUCCCUCAGCAAGGAGAACCCGAGGCGGCGGAACCGGGCGGCCUAUCACCUCCUGACCCGGCAGCGGGCCCGCUGCGCACAGAGCCAGAGAACGAACUGCCCAGCGGUGACUUCGCACGAGGGACCCCAGGUCAACAGACCUGUGCGAGUUCAGAGGUGGAUAAGCGCCCCAUCGACGCGCCUGCCCCCACUGGGGAGAUGAAACUGGAGUCAGCUGAGCCGGAGCAGCGCCCGGGCCCAGAUGGGCCUGAACUGGAGGAGCGCCCUGGGGAUCGGGCCAAAGAAAGGGCUGUGGCCGGCGCUGCCUGCCCGGGGCAGAGUCCUCCCCGACCUGCCGGCGCUCCUGCUGCCAAGGGAGAUUCAGGCAAUGAGCUUCUGAAGCACCUGCUGAAAAAUAAAAAGGCAUCUUCCCUUUUAAAUCAAAAACCGGAAGGGAGUUUUUGUUCAGAAGACGACGGUACGAAGGAUAAGAAACUGGUUGAGAGGCAGAACCCAGCCGACGUGCAAACUUUGGGGGCUCAAGUGCAAGGUGGUUUUGGAUGUGGCAACAGCCAGUUGCCAAAAACAGAUGGAGGAAGUGAAACCAAGAAACAGCGAAGCAAAAGGACUCAGAGGACCGGAGAGAAGGCAGCACCUCGGUCGAAGAAAAGGAAAAAGGAAGAAGAGGAGAAACAAGCGAUGUUCUCUACCACCGACACCUUUACCCACCUGAAGCAGCAGAAUAAUUUAAGUAAUCCUCCAACACCCCCUGCCUCUCUUCCUCCUACACCACCUCCUAUGGCUUGUCCGAAGAUGGCAAAUGGUUUUGCAACAACUGAAGAACUUGCUGGAAAAGCUGGAGUAUUAGUGAGCCAUGAAGUUACCAAAAGCCUAGGACCUAAACCGUUUCACCUGCCGUUCAGACCACACGAUGACUUGUUGGCCAGAGCGAUUGCUCAAGGCCCAAAGACAGUGGACGUUCCUGCUUCACUCCCAACACCGCCUCAUAAUAAUCAGGAGGAAUUAAGGACACAGGACCAUGGGGGUGACCGGGACACGCCUGACAGUGUUGUGCCCUCGUCCUCUCCUGAGAGUGUGGUCGGCAUGGAAGUGAGCAGAUACCCAGACCUGUCCCUGGUCAAAGAGGAGCCUCCGGAGCCCGUGCCAUCCCCCAUCAUUCCGAUCCUCCCGAGCGGCACCGGGAAAGGGCUGGAAUCUAGAAGGAAUGACAUCAAAACUGAGCCGGGCACUUUGUUUUUCACGUCACCUUUUGGUGCAUCCCCAAAUGGUCCCCGAUCGGGUCUCAUAUCUGUGGCAAUCACUCUGCAUCCUACAGCUGCUGAGAACAUUAGCAGUGUUGUGGCUGCGUUCUCCGACCUCCUCCACGUUCGGAUCCCUAACAGCUACGAGGUUAGUAAUGCUCCAGAUGUUCCAUCCGUGGGUUUGGUCAGUAGCCACAGAGUAAACCCAGGUUUGGAGUAUCGACAGCGUUUAUUUCUUCGUGGGCCUCCACCAGGAUCUGCAAACCCUCCCAGACUAGCCAGCUCUUACCACCUGAAGCAGCCUACUGUGCCCUUCCCUCCAGCAAGCAAUGGCCUUUCUGGGUGCGCGGGCACUAGUCACGGUGUCACAGAAAGUGCGGCUCUCAGGCCACAGUGGUGCUGCCACUGUCAUGUCGUCGUUCUGGGCCACGGCGUGAGGAAGCCGGCCAGAGACCCGGCCUUUGUGAGCAAGGGCUCCCGAGACAGCUCCAGCAGAGCGGAGAAGGACAUUGUCUUCUGUAGUAACAACUGCUUUAUUCUCUAUUCAUCAGCUGCACAAGCAAAAACCUCAGAAAGCAAGGAAUCCGUUCCUUCAUUGCCACACUCGCCUAUAAAAGAGACGCCUUCCAGAGCAUUUCAUCAGUACAGUAACAACAUCUCCACUUUAGAUGUGCACUGUCUGCCGCAGCUCCAGGAAAAAGCUUCGCCCCCAGCGUCACCGCCCAUCACUUUCCCUCCUGCUUUUGAAGCAGCCAAAGUGGAGGCAAAGCCAGAUGAGCUGAAGGUGACGGUCAAGCUAAAGCCUCGGCUAAGAGCUGUCCACGGUGGGUUUGAAGACUGUCGGCCGAUCACUAAAAAGUGGAGGGGGAUGAAGUGGAAGAAGUGGAGCGUCCACAUCGUGAUCCCCAAGGGGACCUUCAGACCCCCCUGUGAAGAUGAAAUUGACGAAUUCCUGAAGAACCUGGGCACUUCCCUGAAACCCGAUCCCGUGCCCAAAGACUAUCGGAAGUGUUGCUUCUGUCACGAAGAAGGUGAUGGGUUGACAGACGGACCGGCGAGGCUGCUCAACCUUGACUUGGACCUGUGGGUCCAUUUGAAUUGUGCCCUGUGGUCCACGGAGGUGUACGAGACCCAGGCUGGUGCCUUAAUAAACGUGGAGCUAGCCCUGAGGAGAGGCCUGCAGAUGAAAUGUGUCUUCUGCCAUAAGAUGGGGGCCACCAGCGGGUGUCACAGAUUUCGAUGCACCAACGUUUAUCACUUUACUUGCGCCAUUAAAGCACAAUGCAUGUUUUUUAAAGAUAAAACUAUGCUUUGUCCCAUGCACAAACCAAAGGGCAUUCACGAGCAGGAAUUAAGUUACUUUGCCGUCUUCAGGAGGGUCUACGUGCAGCGUGAUGAGGUACGACAGAUCGCCAGCAUCGUGCAGCGGGGAGAGCGGGACCACACCUUCCGUGUGGGCAGCCUCAUCUUCCACACGAUCGGCCAGCUGCUUCCACAGCAGAUGCAAGCGUUCCACUCUCCCAAAGCACUCUUCCCCGUGGGCUACGAAGCCAGCCGGCUGUACUGGAGCACGCGCUACGCCAACCGCCGCUGUCGCUACCUGUGCUCCAUCGAGGAGAAGGACGGGCGCCCCCUGUUCGUCAUCAGAAUCGUGGAGCAAGGCCACGAAGAUCUCGUCUUAAGUGACACCUCACCCAAAGGUGUUUGGGAUAAGAUUUUGGAGCCUGUGGCAUGUGUGAGAAAAGAGUCGGAAAUGCUGCAGCUCUUCCCAGCCUACUUAAAAGGGGAGGAUCUCUUCGGCUUGACCGUCUCUGCGGUGGCGCGGAUCGCGGAAUCACUCCCUGGGGUUGAGGCGUGUGAAAACUACACCUUCCGAUACGGCCGGAACCCUCUCAUGGAGCUGCCCCUGGCCGUCAACCCCACAGGUUGUGCCCGUUCUGAACCUAAAAUGAGUGCCCACGUCAAGAGGUUUGUGUUAAGGCCUCACACCCUGAACAGCACCAGUGCCUCCAAGUCGUUCCAGAGCACAGUCACCGGGGAGCUGAGCGCACCUUACAGCAAGCAGUUCGUCCACUCCAAGUCGUCGCAGUACCGCAAGAUGAAAACCGAGUGGAAGUCCAACGUGUACCUGGCCCGGUCUCGGAUUCAGGGGCUGGGCCUGUACGCCGCUCGGGACAUCGAGAAGCACACCAUGGUCAUCGAGUACAUCGGGACCAUCAUCCGGAAUGAAGUCGCCAACAGAAAGGAGAAGCUUUACGAGUCCCAGAACCGAGGCGUGUACAUGUUCCGCAUGGACAACGACCACGUGAUCGAUGCCACGCUCACGGGAGGGCCUGCAAGGUACAUCAACCACUCGUGCGCGCCGAACUGUGUGGCCGAGGUGGUGACUUUCGAGCGAGGACACAAGAUCAUCAUCAGCUCCAGCAGGAGGAUCCAGAAGGGAGAAGAGCUUUGCUAUGACUAUAAGUUUGACUUUGAGGACGACCAGCACAAGAUCCCCUGUCACUGUGGCGCCGUGAACUGCCGGAAGUGGAUGAACUGAUGCGUUCCCCGCUGUCUCAGAGGGCGGCUCGUCCCUAGGAAGGAGCGAUUCAACACAGCAUUUGAAUUUCGCAGACGGAAAGAGGUUUUUGUUUUCUGUUUUGUGGCUUUGUGGAAACUAGCUUCUGGGAGUCCUGAUUUCCUCCGUGCUUUAGGUUAGAGGAGCACCGGAGAAAGCCGGCCGACGCAACUUUCCCGAAGUUGCUGAGGUUAAAGAAUUACAGAAUGGUCCAGCACUUUUUUUUUCUUUUCUUUCUUUUUUCUUUUUGAGGGUGGGUUUUGUUUCGUUAUGCUUCUUUAGUCUCACUAAGGAGAAACUUUUACUGGGGCAAGAGCCGAUGGCCGCCCUGCCCCGCCCCAGGGCAGAGGGCCUUCCUGUGAAUGUAAGACUGAAAUCACCAGCGAAAGGGAGACGUCCAAAGUGCUGGCCACCGCCUUAUCUGAAAAAGGGGCAGGCCCUCUAAUUUAAAAGUUUUUAAAUAAAGUAGACACCACUGAACAAGGAAUGUACUGAAUGACUUCCUUAGGGAUAGAGCUAAGGGAUAAUAACUUGCACUAAAAUACAUUUAAAUACUUGAUUCCAUGAGUCAGUUUAUUGUAGUUUUUGAUUUCUGUAAAAUAAGAGAAACUUUUUGUAUUUAUUAUUGAAUAAGUGAAUGAAGCUAUUUUUAAAUAAAAGUUAGAAGAAAGCCAAGCUGCUGCUGUUACCUGCAAAACUAACAAACCCUGUUACUUUGUACAAAUGUGUAAAUAUUUUGAGAAAAAAUACAGUAUAAAAAUAGUUAUUGACCAAAUGCUACCAGGCUCUGCAGCAGCUCGGGUGCUUAUAAAAUGUUCAUAGGGAUGUUACAAUAUAAUUUUGUUAUUAAAUAUGCCAUUAUAAUUAUGUAAUAACCAAAAUUUCAACCUAGAGUGUUUGGGGUUUUUUGGAAACUACGGUCUGUUAGUACUUAAUUGUUUUAUACACCUUACUUCUCAUAGAACAGAGUGUAUGCUAUGACUACAACUUUUAUAGCCGUUUUGGUAAUUUAAACUGAUUUUUUCAUAUUAUAUUGUUGCAUCCCUACUUCUUCAGUCAGGUUUUUUUGUGCUUACAAUUUGUGAUAACUGUGAAUAACUGCUUAAAAAUACCCCCAAUGGAGGCUGAAUUUUUCUUCAGCAGAAGUAGUUUUGAUUAGAACUUUGUUUCAAGCCACAAAGAAUCAUGUAAACAUACUAGGAUCAUGUAGCAGGAACUCUAAUCUAACUCUCUAGUCUUCUAUUUAACACAAAAAUUUGAAAAAGGAAAAAAAAAAAAAGGAGAGAUGUGACCAUGCUUGCAGCUGCAGGACCCCGGCAGUAGGGUUUUGGAAGAUGUAAUUUUCAACUGUGUUUGUAUGAACAGUUUGUUUACAUUUCUUUAAUAAAAAAACACACUGUUUUGUGUUUGCUUGUAGAAACUUAAUCAGCAUUUUGAACCAGGUUAGCUUUUUAUUUUGUACUUAAAAUUCUGGUACUGACACUUCACAGGCUAAGUAUAAAAUGAAGUUUUUGUGUGCACAACUCCAGUGGACUGUAAGCUGUUGGUAUAUUCAGUGACGCAGUUCUGAACUUGUAAUGUAUAUGGCAUGGUGUAUUUUUAUCUUACAGAAUAAAUCAAUUGUAUAUAUUUUUCUCUUGAUAAAUAGCUGUAUGAAAUUUGUUUCUUGAAUAUUUUUCUUCUCUUGUACAAUAUUCUGACAUCCUACCAGUAUUUGUCCUACCGGGUUUUCGUUUUGUUUUCUGUUCUGUAUAAUAGUAUCUAAUGUUGGCAAAAAUUGAAUUUUUUGAAGUAUACAGAGUGUUAUGGGUUUUGGAAUUUGUGGACACAGAUUUAGAAGAUCACCAUUUACAAAUAAAAUAUUUUACAUCUACAAAA